UCCUUAUAUUUUUAUCAUCUCAAGCAUAUCCAAUCUCUGUUUUUUAAUAAGAGUGUAUUUAAAUUAUGAAUAAUUUUCACUAUGGGAGAAAGGACAUUCACGAAAUAUUUUUGCGUAUAGUUAUUAUUUAUGUGAUAUUUACCCAGAAUAUAUUUAGAGAUUCUUAAAAUAUAAUGAUUAAAAUACUAUUAUCUUGAAAGAUGAUUGACCCUUGGAUAACUGAUGAGCCUUAUUGCUGUGAUAUAAGUAUUCCUGAAUGUAACAUUAACAAUGAUGAUCCAUUUGAAGUCAUUCGCUUGAGGAGGCUUCUUGAAAACAGUAUUUUGAAAGUAGAAAAAGAAAAUCUGGAAUUAAUACAGAAAGAAAAGAAAAGAGUGCCUUGUAAAAAUAAUACAUCCAAAAGUAGGGAUAUUAAUGCUGCUCAAAAUGGGCAGAAAUCCUCUUCGUCACUGAAGGAAUUACCUGCUGCACAAAACAGACCUAAAUCUGUUGGAAAAUCAUUUAUUUUGGAUAGUGUUAAAAAAAAUUCAUCUGUAUAUUCAUCAAGUUUGCAAGAUGAUCAUGCAGAAUUUAUUACGGAUGGGGAUCCCAAUUAUAGCAGAAGCAGGAUUCAGCAAUCAAAUGUUACAUUCUUAAAUCGAUUUUCAUCAUCUCUUCUCCUUAAUAGUAUGAAGAAGAGAGUUCUUCAAGCUGAAUCUAAAGCUGUAUAUACUCCAUGUGCUGUACCAUUAGCACUUCCUGAUACAAAAAAGAAUCCCGUUUUCAGGAAAGGAAAGGAAGCAAAUUCAUCAAAAAAUUUGGAAAACUAUACCAACAACAAUGCUGUUUAUCAUUUUACUUCUAUGCAAUAUCCAGAAAAGAAGCUGACUUUUCAGACUUUACCUAGUAUCAGUAUUGAUGGUAAAGCUAAUUUUAGUGCAAAAUCUUUUGAAACGUCUGAUUUUCAUUUUACUGAACAGAAAGAUUUUUUUUGUGGAAGUGGUAUGAGGACUAGAUUCUUGCCUAUGUCUGCAGAAAAUAAUUGUGUGCCUCAGUCUUCUUCUUCUAAUCAACAACUACUUUCUGUGCAUUGUAAUAAAAGUCAGCAGACAUUAUAUCCAGAGUGUCUUAAACAGUCAGUUCAUACUCAGACUGAUAUUAAAGAAUUAAGGGAAUCAGAGGAAGUGGAUAAGAAUAUGAUACAGAAUUUGAUUGAAGAAAUUUUGCAAACUAUGCAGUUUCAAUCCAAUUUACUGGAGUGUUCUUCUGAUAAAAUCAAAAGGAAAGCCGGUAUUAUAGAAACAGAAAGGGAAAGCAUAUCAUUUGAAAUGCUUGAUAAAUCUGUGUCAGUCAAUUGCAGUUCUCCAACCUUUAUAAAGGAAAAUUCUUUGCAUAUAGAAAGAAAAUCGAUGUGUACACAAACAGAAAAUGAUAAGUAUGGGAUACAGGAAGACAAAGAAAGAUUAAAAAUUCUUAUAAAAGAAGUAUUACAAGAUCUGAAACCUAAGUAUGGUUCUGAUUCAUUACCUGAAUUAAAAGAAGUUACUGUAUUCAACAAGAUACAUACAGAAAUUCAGACAGAGGAAAAACUGACAGCUGCUUCGAUAAUAAUAGAUAAUGCUUCAAAAGCCACUCAGGUACAUUUGUUGGAGACAGAUUCUGACAAACAUGUAUAUUCAAAUCAAACAAAAGAAAAGCAAAAUGAAGGUUUUACAGAGAGAUCUGGUGAUGUGGCUCCUGAACCAGUUGGAAACCUAAAUAAACUUGAAAGUAUUUUGAAACAGAUACAUCAACACAUUUGUGAAAACACAAAUUUAGCUUCAAAUUCAGGUGUUGGUUCAAGUUCUUCUACACUUCCUGUUCAAACUAGAGAUGUUGCUCUUCAGAUUAAUCCUCCUCUUACUAGUACAAAAAGUACUUUAACUACUGAAAGUAGCACAGUAGAUUCUGCAAAUCAAUGUGUUAUUCCAGUGUACACAACUGAAAAGAAAAUUGGUACAGAAAUUACUUUGAUGCCUUUGGAAGUUCAUUUGGAGAAUAAAAAAAAAGUUGAUGCUUCUACUAAUUGUGAACCUGAAGAACAUGUUUUUUUGAAAGAGUCAUCUUCACAGACUGUGGGACCUUUACCUGUGUUUACAUAUUCUGAAAAUUCAACCACUACAUCAGUAUCAAGCACUCCAGUAAGUGACAGCAUGUUUAUGGAUGAUAUGCUAUCUGAAGGAGAACUUAUUUUACCAUGGAAUUUGAGACUUCUACCUUUCAUUGAUAAAGGCAACAGCCACAAUUCAACUAAUGCAACUGAAGCUAGUGAUAUGAGUAGCAAGGAUUACUCUAUUAGUGAAGGAGAGAUUCCUCCAAAAUAUGUUUGCCUCCUAAAUGCUGAACAGCCAUCAUCUGCUCAGAGUUCAAAAGUGAAAAAUAAAAGUGCAAAUCUAACACCAAGAUUUAGACCAGAGGACUCGCAAAUGACUGACAAUUUGCCUGCUGAUAGAGAUAUAGAAGUACAAACUAAGAAAUGUACAUCCACCUCCCAUUCAACUGAAACAGUAUCAGAAGGAGAGUUAAGUUACGAUGUAUCCCUUUCUGAAGGUGAGAUUCCGCCAAGUAGGUUGGCAUUCUUGUUCUCUCCAACCUCAACCCAAGAUUCAAUGACUCCUUCUAAUGACACAAGCUUUCACAAACUUUCUUCAGAAAAAGAUAAGUCUAUGAGCAAAUCCACAAGUCUUUCAUUACCUGGAAAGGGAAAACAACUCAUAACACAUCAUCUUCAUGAAACAGGAAUAUCUGAAGAUGUUGAGCAAAGUAACAUACACCAGUCCUCAACUUCUAAUACUUUGGAUAUGGUCAAUGAAGAAAUUCGCUUUUAUGAUACUUAAUAGCUGUCUUUCUUACAUGAUUAAAAUAUUUUAAAAGUACAGUAUGCCUCAGUUAUCUAGUUAGUGAUCUGAACUCAUUAAAACAUGCUUGAUCAGAUCUUGGAAAAGAUAAGAUAGAAAUGUGUUAAGAGAAAUUUAUCAAGACUUUCAGCUCUCAUUUGUUAAGAAAUAUAGUUUUUGGACCAUAAAAUUUCUUUCUAUUCCUAUUAUUCUUCUAAGGCACUGUAUCUUCACUUUUUUUAUUCACCUUGCAUGUUUCAUUCAUGCUAUUUUAUAAGCCUAAUUAUUGCCUCUAAAUGGAAAAGAACAGGCUUUCAAUAUAAGACAUGUUAAAAAUCAUCAGUCGUUUAAAAAAAGGAGGAUUGAUAGAGCAAAAGAUGUAUUAACUGUGAACCACAAAUCAGAAAAAUUAACAGUUGUGAAUAUUUAUUCUAAAUAAAUUAUUUUUAUUAAUGUGAUGUAAAAAUAAAAUACUGUUUGGAUAGAAAUCUGUCUUUAGUUAAAUAAUGUAAUGUUUAAAAGUUACUGAUUUACUCAAUUUUGUCUUUUUUUAGUAAGAAAAUUAAUUUUCUGAACCCAUCCUGAUCUUACUGUGAUCGGAUAACUGAGGCUAUGCUGCACCUAAAUAAUUUUUCAGAAAUUAAAGAGACUUCUAAACUUCUCUUCUAAUGUUCAAAUACAUUGAAUUUUAUGUAGGUCUAUCCAUAAAGUUCAUGGACAAAUGUGUAAACAAAAAAAACAUAUGUAAACAAAAAAUUUUUAGUUUACAUAUGUCAACAUAGUCAUCAUUGAAAGGGUCCCUUUUGCUACUGAUGCACUUCUGCAAACAUAAUUUCAGUUGCUGAAAGAAGUGCUGCAGGUCUUUUCUACCAAGUCCAUCAAUUGCAUUAUCUCUUACGCUUGUUCAUAUUCUUUAAAGUUUCUGAAAUUCCAUUUCAAUUUUGGGACACAGAAAAAUUCACUAAGAAGCAGAUCAAGAUAGUGGGGAGGAUGCUGAAAUGAAGUGAUUAAAUUUGGACUAGGAGAUCAUGUACAAUAAAUGCUGGCUGCAAUGGUAUAUUAUUAUAAUGCAAAAUCCAUCUACUUCAUUUCAUUGUGAAUGAUAUGUUAUAUACAAUCUCAUAAGUGUCUCAAGAUAUUCAAGUUUGUGAGAAUGAAUUCACAAUGCACAGUUCUAUGCAUGUCCAAAAAAAUUAAAAUUUUGAUUCCUUAAUGUUUUCUAAUAAUUCAUAUUUUUUCUUUCAUCUCCCCUGUUUUUCUGAAACUUCAAUGCCAAAUCAUAUUCAUAAAUCCAAGAUUCAUCACCCAUGAUCAGCAUAAUAAGAAAAUUAUGGUUUAACCAAUCAACACAUCAUUUUAUCCAUUCUGAAUUUAAUAAUAAACAUUUGAGUGAUCUUUGCUUGUAAUUUUCUCAUUCUUAAUUUCUCAAUUAAAAUCAUAUGCACAAAUUAUUUUUCAGAAAUUUAGCUGUUCAAUAAUCAUUCUUGCAGUUAGCUAUCAAUCAUGCUGUAGAUAAUACAAUACAUGAAUGAUGUUUUCUUUGACGAAUGCAGUUUGAAGCCAUUUCUUCUCACAUUGUUAAUCAUGUCUUCUAGUCCCUCUUUGAAGCAUUUAUCGCACUGGAAUAAUUCAUAGACUUGCUGUACAUCUACUUUAAUAUUUUAUGAAUAUUAUGCCUUUCUUUUGUGUUUCAUACAUUAGUGUACAUUUCAUAUUAUUCCUUUCUUUUCAAGUUUGACAAGAAAUUUUAUAUAACUCUAUUGAUAUUCAUUACUUCAGCAACACAUUGCUGCCCAUCUUAACCAUGUAUGGGGGGAUCUGUGAAAUAGUCAUUAUUUGCAUUAUAUGUGUCUCACAAAAACAAAACAUGUACUGAUGAAAAAAAACAUAUCUCGAAUAUGCCAGUGUUUUUGCAUUGUGCUGGUAUUGCCAAAAAGAUGGAAAUAACAUAAUCAGUAAACUUUAUGGAUAGAUUAGUCAUCCUGACUGCAUAUACAUCUGUUAUAAAUAAAACAUUUACUGGUUUAUCAUAUAUUAAGUCUUUUAUGACUGUUUCUGACUUAAAAUGGACAGAAAUCUAAAUAUUAUAUUAGUGCACAGUAUUAAUAUUUGGAUAAUGUGUAAUUUGUAAUAUUGCAUAUUUUUAAAUGUUAACUCUUACUGCUCAAUCAUUAUAAAACUAUAUUUUUUUGUAAAAAUACAUCUUUAUGUAUGAAUACCAAGUUUUUAAUACAUUUUAUAAAUAGUAUAUAAAGUAAUAAAAAUGAAUUAUAAUUAA